ACCAACAUUUACGAGGGUACGUGAAGGCAGCAUCUCCAGCUGCCUCAGCUAUCAUGGCGAUGAAGAGGCCGACCUCCGCGCGGCGUCAAACUUUCAUUUCACCUCAGUUCGGAAGCUCUUCUCGCUCUUUUCUCCAUAAGCUGCACUCGCUGGCUUUGGAAACACUUUGAUCGGAUCAGCACUCAGAGCUCAGCCACUGACGACACCCAGAGAGCGGAGCGAUGGAGAAGCCCGUUCUGCAGACGCAACCAUCCACCUUACCCUUCUUUGACACGUCCCACGCAUUCAACCUGCUGCGGGGAAUCCACGAACUCCGCGCCGAGCGCAAGUUUUUCGACGUGACUUUGUGUGCGGAGGGCAAAGAGUUCCACUGUCACCGCACCGUGUUGGCUGCCGCGAGCACCUACUUUCGAGCGAUGUUUGCAGGGACGCUGAAGGAGAGCGUCAUGGACCGAGUGGUUCUCCACGAAGUGUCGGCAGAGCUUUUGGGAUUGCUGGUGGACUUCUGCUACACCGGACGGGUCACAGUCACGCAGGAUAAUGUGGACCUCCUGCUGAAAACAGCGGAUUUGUUUCAGUUCCCGUCGGUCAAGGAGGCCUGUUGUGCUUUCCUGGAGCAGCGGCUGGAUGUUUCAAACUGUUUGGAGAUCCAGGACUUUGCUGAGGCCUAUGCUUGCAGAGAACUAGCUACAAGUGCGCGCCGCUUUGUCCUCAAAAACAUAAUGGAGCUAGCUAAAGGGACAGACUUUGAGCGUUUGCCGUGGAAGCGCCUCCUUGAGUUUGUGUCGGAUGAUGAGCUCUGUGUGGAUAAAGAGGAGACAGUUUAUCAAAUAGCGGUGCGGUGGGUGAAAGCUGACCUGAAGCGGCGGCUACAUUACUGGCCCGAGCUCCUGCAGCAAGUCCGACUCCCCUUCGUCAGGAGAUUCUUUCUGUUGGCCCACGUGGAAAGCGACCCCCUCGUCUACCUUUCCCCCACCUGCCUGAGGAUGGUAAACGAGGCACGAAGCUUCCAGUCUUGUGAAUACGACCGCCAUGACAGGCCCUGCCACCGGAUGCGACCGCGGCCGUCCACGGGACUGGCGGAGAUCCUUGUCAUCGUUGGAGGCUGCGACCAGGACUGUGAUGAGCUGGUCACAGUGGACUGUUACAACCCACAGACUGGACAGUGGCGCUACCUUGCUGAGUUCCCUGAUCAUCUCGGUGGAGGCUACAGCAUAGCCGCGCUCGGAAAUGACAUGUUUGUCACGGGGGGUUCUGACGGCUCUCGACUGUAUGACGGCGUGUGGCGCUACAAGUCAAGUGUGAACGAAUGGACCGAGGUGUCGCCCAUGCUGAAGCCUCGCGAGUACCACAGCUCCUGCGUGCUGAACGGGCACCUAUACGUGGUGGCGUCCGACAGCACCGAGCGCUACAAUCAGGCCCUGGACUGCUGGGAGGCCCUGCCGGCCAUGCUCCACCCCAUGGACAACUGCUCCACCACCGCGUGCAACGGACGCCUAUACGCCAUUGGCUCUCUGACCGACGAGGACACUAUGGCGAUCCAGAGCUACGAUCCAGGCACCAACCGCUGGACUAUGGUCAAUCGUGGACAGCUGCCUCCGUGGUCUUUCACUCCGAAAACGGUGACCCUCAGUGGGCUCCUAUACUUUGUUAGGGAUGACUCAGCUGAAGUGGAUGUUUAUAAUCCUCAAAAGAACGAGUGGGACAAAAUUAGCCCGAUGACCCAGGUGCACGUUGGGGGCAGCGUCGCCGUCCUGGGGGGCAGGCUGUUCGUGUCCGGCGGCUACGACAACACCUUCGAGCUGUCGGACGUGGUGGAGGCGUACGACCCAACGGCUCGCACCUGGGCGCUCGCCGGACAGCUCCCCCAGCCCACCUUCUGGCAUGGCAGCGUCAGCAUUUUCCGCCAGUUCAUGCCGCUGGUGUCCAGCACUUUCGAAGCCGGCGACCUGCCAGAGUCCCACGCCAUCCACCUCCACCGGCAUCAGCGCCACCAAGCGCUGCACAACCUGAACAACAAUGUCAACCAGAACCAGGACGUGAAUGCAGCGCACUGAGCUCUGACCUCAAGUCCGCUUACGUUCGUUUUUAUUUCCUGAAGCAGAGCGGACGUCCACGCCGGUUUGACUUUUAGCUGCUGCAACAUGUGAUCAACAGAAAGGAGAUUUCAGACUGGUAAAAGGAAUGAAAUGCAAAAUAGACAAAAAAAUGUCAACUAUUUAUCAAACUUUUUAUCUCAAAGGCAGCAUUCAAAGCAGAAAAUGUUUAGUUAUAACAACAGUUGUGUACAGUGAAGCUACAGCAUCUCUAAUUUAAAUGGAAAAGUCCUAUUUAUGGUACCUGCAUGAGUGUCGAGAAAGCUACUUGAACAUUUCCCAAAAGUAAUCAGCUCGUUCAGCCUGAAAGGGUUUUAUUUUUAUAAGGUAUUUGGAAGGUGGGAGGGGCUUAAGUGAAGGACACUAAGUGCAGCAACUGGAGCGCGCUCAGUGAAGAAUCAGGGACACGAAACAGCUGCUCCAAACACAUGAAGGACAAUUCAACACUUUAGAACCAGCUUAAACCUCAAAAUACAGUUUUUAGGUUGUGCUGGGUGAAAGAGCCUGAAAAUAGAAUCUUAAUUUGUUCUUAACAAAUUUCUAUUUCAAUCAUUUGCUUCUACCUCCCUUUAGUUCUUAAACAAAAAUGACAGAAUAUUUUUAUGAAGUUAGAUUUGGUGCAAGUAUUGUCCAGCUGUUAAAAGUUUUGUACUUUGUAGAUUUGUGUCGGUAAAAUGUUUUGUAUCGCUAGAAAAUAAAUUAUCUAUCUAUAAAAUGAAGUUUUGCUUGUAGGAAAAACAUUGUCUAUUAAAGUUUUUUUUUACCUGUAAUUAGAAAUUUGUGCAUCUGUAAAACUGUUUUGUAAUUAUAGAAAAAAUUGUAAAAAAUGUUUUAUCCGUGUAUGAAAAGUCACUUGCACACCUGAGCGUACACAUCGAUCUACAAUAACAAAACCGAUCCAUCCAGGGAGGAAUAUAUAUAUAUAUAUAUAAUUUUUCUUCAUUUCACACAAAGAUGAGAUAAAAUGGUGGAAGAUACAAUUAGAAUUUCCUGAACCUUUUUAUGAUCAAUACUUAUUUUUUACUUCUUGCAAUGUUGUAAAGAAAUGCAUCACUUACCAAAUUUUGGGUUCAUAUAAAAUGAAGAGACUUUUUUUUUCUUUUUUCUUCCUGUAAUUUGAUAUAAUGCAUCUCAUUGGCUGGUCAACUGCACAACAAUGGGGUGACAGGGAAAAGCUUUUGAUUGGUUGAUUUAUAAAAAAAAAAAAGCAAAAGAAUUUAACUUGAAGUUUGUCAUUGUAGAUCAAUGUACGUACCUGUAUGUGAGCGUGACGUUUUAAACACAACAAAGAAUUUUUCUACAAGUUAAAAUUGCUUUACAGAUGGACAAUUUAGUUUUUAAACAUUAAACCUUAGAUUUUUGCAAUAAAUCUAACUUUAUAUAUUUGA